GUAUCUUAUUUAAUCAUUUGUUUGACAAAAUGUGUGCGGAUAAGACGUCACGCGUGAUGAUAAGUGUAGAUGUUAACGGUGUUUUACCUUCACAUUUGAACUAUGGCGCUUUUAUUUUGGAACAAAUCUCGAAUCUUAAUGAAAAAAUUGCAUUUAUCAAUGGAGCAACAGACGAACAAAUAAGUUUCGGUGAGAUAGAACAACAAAUAGUGAACGUUUCGUCAUCGUUAACCAAGUUGGGGGUGAAGCCAGGAGAUGUGGUGGCCAUCUGCAGCGAGAACAGGCCAGAGUUCCUGAUCUCGGCUAUAGCAGCACUGUGCAGCGGAGCUGUGAUUACUUUCAUCAAUAGUGCUUACAAUAGAGAUGAAUUGAAGCACACAAUGAAUAUAUCGAAACCGAAAUACUUUUUCAUGUCUCCAAGCACGCUUAAAACCUAUUACGAAGUUGUGAGAGAAUGUAGACCAAACUGCAAGUACUUUGUAUUCGGGGACAUAGACAAAAGUAUUGGUACCAGCUAUGGGGAAUUGGUUAGGGUGUAUAUUGAUAGACGGACUUUCCAACCUGUGGAUUAUAAAGGACGUGUGGAGACGGCGCUCAUACUUUACUCCUCGGGCACGACAGGCCCACCGAAAGGUGCAAAAGUGACACAUUCCGGAUUGAUUAUAGCUGGAAUGCAGCCUACAUGCAGCAAACGUGAUUUGACAUUCUUAUCAAUAGCACCAUGGUCAAACACCGUUGGAUACAUUAACACUAUAAGAGAAACCAUAAGAGGACGGACCUGCGUUUAUUUAAAUAAAUUCAACGAAGCAACCUAUCUAGGAGCGGUGGAAAAACAUAAAGCAGGACUUCUAAUGGCUGUGCCACCAUUGGUCGUAAUGUUGGCCAAAUCGUCAAUUCUAAAAGAAUACGACGUCAGCUCGGUCGAACUUGUUUAUAGUGGAGGCGCUCCACUAGACUGGAACGUCAUUAUGGAAAUGAAACAAAGGUUUCCGAACUUGAAGCACGUGCUACAAGGCUACGGCAUGACAGAAACAACGGGAGUUCUCACUGAGGAACACGAAGGAGUCACUCAGAAUGGCAGUGUGGGUAGAGUGGCCCCUGGAAAUACAGUUAAAAUUGUGGACAUAGAGACGAGAAAGAUCUUGGGGCCAAAUGAACAAGGCGAAGUGUGCGUGAAAGGCCCGGUUUUAUUCGCGGGCUACAUCGGGAAGGACAUGUCCGAAUAUUUCGACGAGGACGGGUAUUACAGGACGGGCGACGUGGCUUACUACGACGAUGAGGGGUUCUUUUUUAUCACUGAUAGGCUGAAGGAGCUCAUCAAGUAUAAAGCUUGGCAGGUUGCACCUUCAGAGCUAGAAGCCGUGAUUCUUCAACACCCCAAGGUGAAAGAUGUGGGAGUGAUCGGCACACCAGAUCAAUUAGCUGGUGAGCUACCAACUGCGUUCGUCGUGAAGAAAUCAGAAGAAUUGACGGAGAAGGAGGUCAUAGACUUCGUUGCUUCGAAGGUGUCACCAUGGAAAUAUUUGCGAGGAGGUGUGAGGUUCAUCGAAGAGGUGCCAAAGAACGGCAGCGGUAAGAUUCUAAGGCGAUUGUUACGGGAUCUACUAAAGAAAAACAUGCAGAGCAAACUAUGAUACCUUUAUCAAUAC